AUGGACGUGUGCUCAGCGGGCCUCAUCCGCACAGACAGCGCUGACUACUUCAUUGAGCCCCUGGAGCGGGGGCAGCAGGACAAGGAGGCCAUCGGGAGGACGCAUGUGGUGUACCGGCGGGAAGCCGUCCAGCAGGAGUGGGCGGAGCCGCACGAGGACCUUCACAAUGAAGCCUUUGGCCUGGGCGACCUUCCCAACCUGCUGGGCCUGGUGGGGGACCAGCUGGGUGAAGCGGAGAGGAAGCGGCGACACGCCAAGGCAGGCAGCUACAGCAUCGAGGUGCUGCUGGCAGUGGACGACUCGGUGGUUCGCUUCCACGGCAAGGAGCACGUGCAGAACUAUGUCCUCACCCUCAUGAACAUCGUGGAUGAGGUCUACCACGACGAGUCCCUGGGGGUCCACAUCAACAUUGCCCUUGUCCGCUUGAUCAUGGUGGGCUACCGCCAGUCCCUGAGCCUGAUCGAGCGUGGGAAUCCCUCACGCAGCCUGGAGCAGGUGUGUCGCUGGGCGCAUUCCCAGCAGCGCCAGGACCCUGGCCACGCAGAGCACCAUGACCACGUUGUCUUCCUCACACGGCAGAACUUUGGGCCCUCAGGGUAUGCGCCCGUCACAGGCAUGUGCCACCCCCUGAGAAGCUGUGCCCUUAACCACGAGGACGGCUUCUCCUCGGCCUUCGUGGUGGCCCACGAGACCGGCCACGUGCUCGGCAUGGAACACGACGGCCAGGGCAAUGGCUGCGCGGAUGAGACCAGCCUGGGCAGCGUCAUGGCGCCCCUGGUGCAGGCUGCCUUCCACCGCUUCCACUGGUCCCGCUGCAGCAAGCUGGAGCUCAGCCGCUACCUCCCUUCCUAUGACUGCCUCCUCGACGACCCCUUUGAGUCCACCUGGCCCCGGCCCCCGGAGCUGCCUGGGGUUGACUACUCAAUGGACGAGCAGUGCCGCUUUGACUUCGGCAGUGGAUACCAGACCUGCUUGGCGUUCAGGACCUUUGAGCCCUGCAAGCAGCUGUGGUGCAGCCACCCUGACAACCCAUACUUCUGCAAGACCAAGAAGGGGCCCCCACUGGAUGGGACCGGGUGUGCACCAGGCAAGUGGUGCUUCAAAGGUCACUGCAUCUGGAAGUCGCCAGAGCAGACUUACGGCCAGGACGGAGGCUGGAGCUCGUGGACCAAGUUUGGGUCAUGUUCGCGGUCAUGCGGGGGCGGGGUGCGAUCCCGCAGCCGGAGCUGCGACAACCCCCACCCAGCCUACGGAGGCCGCCCGUGCUCAGGGCCCACGUUCGAGUACCAGGUGUGCAACAGCGAGGACUGCCCCGGGCCCUACGAGGACUUCCGGGCCCAGCAGUGUGCCAAGCGCAACUCCUACUACACCCACCAGAACGCCAAGCACAGCUGGGUCCCCUACGAGCCUGACGACGACGCCCAGAAAUGCGAGCUGAUCUGCCAGUCGGCGGAGACGGGGGACGUGGUAUUCAUGAAUCAGGUGGUCCACGACGGGACGCGCUGCAGCUACCGGGACCCGUACAGCGUGUGUGCCCGCGGCGAGUGUGUGCCCGUCGGCUGUGACAAGGAGGUGGGGUCCAUGAAGGCCGAUGACAAGUGCGGAGUCUGUGGUGGUGACAACUCACACUGCAGGACUGUGAAGGGGACACUGGGCAAGGCCUCCAAGCAGGCAGGAGCCAAACUGGUGCAGAUCCCGGCGGGUGCCAGGCACAUCCAGAUUGAGGCCCUGGAGAAGGCACCCAACCGCAUUGUGGUGAAGAACCAGGUGACGGGCAGCUUCAUCCUCAACCCCAAGGGCAAGGGAGCCGCGAGCCGGACCUUCACCGCCAUGGGCCUGGAGUGGGAGGACGCAGUGGAGGACUCCAAGGAGAGCCUCAAGACCAGCGGGCCCCUGCCUGAGGCCAUCACAGUCCUGGUGCUCCCCGCAGCUGAGGGUGGCCCCCGCAGCAGCCUGGCCUACAAGUAUGUCAUCCAUGAGGACCUGCUGCCCCUCAUUGGGAGCAACAACGUGCUCCUGGAGGAGACGGACACCUACGAGUGGGCGCUCAAGAGCUGGGCACCCUGCACCAAGGCCUGUGGGGGAGGGCUCCAGUUCACCAAAUACGGCUGCCGGCGCAGACGUGACCACCACAUGGUGCAGCGGCACCUGUGUGACCACAAGAAGAGGCCCAAGCCCAUCCGCCGGCACUGCAACCAGCACCCCUGCUCCCAGCCUGCGUGGGUGACGGAAGAGUGGAGCCCCUGCAGCCGGAGCUGCGGGAAGCUGGGGGUGCAGACUCGGGGGGUACAGUGCCUGCUGCCCCUCUCCAAUGGCACCCGCAAGGCCAUGCCGGCCAAGGCCUGCUCCGGGGACCGGCCUGAGGCUCGGCGGCCCUGCCUCCGCGUGCCCUGCCCAGCCCAGUGGCGGACGGGAGCCUGGUCCCAGUGCUCGGCCACCUGUGGGGAGGGCAUCCAGCAGCGGCAGGUGGUGUGCCGGACCAGCGCCAACAGUCUCGGGCAGUGCGAGGGGGAGAAGCCGGACACCGUCCAGGUCUGCAGCCUGCCCGCCUGCGGAGGAAAUCUCCAGAACUCCACAGUGAAGGCCGACAUCCAGGAACUUGUGACUCCAGAGGGGCAGUGGGUGCCACAGUCCGGACCCCUACAUCCCAUUAACAAGAUACCAGCAACGGAGCCCUGCCUGGGGGACAGGUCCAUCUACUGCCAGAUGGAAGUGCUCGGUCGCUACUGCUCCAUUCCUGGCUACCGCCGGCUGUGCUGCGAGUCCUGUACCAAGAAGGCCAUGGGCCCCGACGCUAGCCCAGACCCUGGCCUGACCUCGCCACCCACUGUCUUCACGCCUGGGAGCCCCUUACCAGGACCCGAGGCCCCUCCAGAUGCUGUGGAGCCCACCAGGGAGCCAGCGGGAUCAGAUGACCUUCGGCAUGGCCGACCCACACAGCUCCCAGGACCUCCGGACACAAGCUCCCCGGUGACCCAGCGUCUCUCUGCCCCCCAGAAACUGAGCCCUAGAGCAUUCUGGGGCACCUCCCCUACCACCCUGGGGGGACAGCCUUGGGGCUGGACUCAGGCACCUGUGCCAGCCUCCAAGGACAAAGGGUGGCCCAGGGAAGACCCCGAGCAUCCAGGUACCAGCCUCCCUGCCACCUCCCCGGUGACAUGAGCCACGCCCCACCAUCCCACCAGUGACGUUUACACUGUG